AUGUCGCAUACAGUGUCCGACUUGACCGUUGAUCGACGAGAUUCACGCACUUUCACCCCAUCCACUACCUCCGUGCAUGAUGGUCCAGUUCCCAUGAGCAUGCCUGCUAUCCUUCGUAAUCCAAGAAUGAGUCGUAUGGCUGCGUCACCCGCGGCACGACAGACUCGCGAUGGAUUCAUUCGGAACUCAGUGGGUGAAGCACAGGGUAGAUUCAUGAGCAAGCGUCGCGAAAGGCGUAGCGAAAAUGGGCGCUUUGCCUCAAACCCACAUGCAGUACGUCCUUCGCCGUCAGAUUACUUUCCCGAUCAAAAUCCCGUGCAUUCCACGUUUUCAGACAGUACGUUGGAGACUUUGAGCAAAGCGUAUGGCUGUGUUGAAGAUGCAUCGAUGCCAGCACAAAAGGCGUCCCUCUUUGAGCUAGAUUCGGCGAUAAAAGGGCAAUUCACAUUGAGUUUGCGAGAUGCGCAAGACUUCCUUCGUGCUCGAUUGGGCUGUGCAGAAUCCAUGCAGGCUUAUAUGCAUGCUCUUGAGACACAGGCGUUGCUUGACUAUACCGCGCCUUUGCCAUGUGGAUCUACCUUUGCCGAAAGCCUCAUUUUUGCGGUAGAACGCGAAAUUCUGCAAUGGCUUCGGCAGACCGUGCACGUCCCUACGCAUGACUCCUUGACCUCAGGGCGUAAGAUUUUUGUGUAUAAUGUGGAUGAUCGCGAUCGCACUGUCGUUGAGUUGCGACGGGCCCCUGCCUCAUUGCUCUGGCAAGUGGAUGAUGCGUUUUCGCGCUUGGCUGUGCACUGUGUGGCGCGCACAUUCCAAUGCCCGAGUUUUUCCCGUGACGUUCUUAGUCCGAAUGGUGACAUGAGCCGAAUGACGUGGAUUUUGCAUCCGAAUCCUCUGUUGCGCAGUGUGCCGACGCGUCGUCUUACGAUGCGACGACCGCUCCAUCGACGGAAUAGCUCUGCAAGCACAACGGCGAGUGCAGCGAGUGUAAUGACUGCUGGCAAUGAGGGACCUGGACCCUUGACGCUCGGGAUGCUACAGCAUGCUGUAGCAGGUAUUGAUACGCCACCGAGUACAGAGUAUGAAUUGACUGACUCGACGGGAGAGAUGACUGAUGACGAUUCGGUCGUUUUCGCGUCCGAGAGUGAGCUCUGA